AUGUGGAGACUUGAGGUGGGAGAGGGAGCAGAUAACCCAUACUUAUUCAGCACCAACAAGUUUGUGGGAAGGCACACAUGGCAAUUUGAUCCCAAUGCUGGCACUGUAGAGGAGCGAGCUGAAGUUGAAGCAGCGCGCCAAAAUUAUUUCCAAAAUCGUAACCAUUUCAAAUGCGACAGCGACGCUCUCUGGAGGUUUCAGGUUUUGAGAGAGAAUUUCAAACAAACAAUUCCAAGGGUGGUAGUGAAAGAAGGGGAAGUGAUGAAGAGUGAAAUAGUGACAGUUGCAUUGAGAAGAGCAGCAACAUUUUUUGCAGCCUUGCAGAGCAAUCAAGGCCAUUGGCCUGCUGAAAAUUCCGGCCCUUUAUUCUUUUCGCCUUCCUUGGUAUUUGCAUUGUACAUUACAGGGCAUCUUAGCACUAUAUUUUCAGAAGAACAUCGAAAGGAAAUCCUUCGCUAUACAUAUUGCCAUCAGAAUGAAGAUGGAGGAUGGGGAUUGCACAUUGUGGGAGAAAGUUGCAUGCUUUGCACUGUUUUAAACUAUGUUCAAUUGCGUUUGCUCGGAGAAGAAGUUGAUGCGAAUGCUUGCUGUAAAGCUCGAAAAUGGAUUCUAGAUCAUGGAGGUGCCCUCUACGUACCUUCCUGGGGAAAGAUUUGGCUCGCAGUUGUGGGCUUGUACGAGUGGGAGGGAGUAAACCCCAUGCCUCCAGAAUUUUGGAUGCUAGGAAAUGUGGUACCUGUAAUUCCUGCAAGUUUGCUUUUUUUGUAUCGAUUGAUAUAUCUUCCAAUGUCAUAUUUAUAUGGCAAGCGAUUUGUGGGGCCAAUCACUCCCCUCAUUCUACAAUUACGACAAGAAAUCUAUACCCAACCUUACAACAACAUCAAAUGGAGUCGAUCACGCCAUUAUUGUGGAAAGGAGGAUAAAUGCUUUGAGAGUUCAUUAAUUCUAAAGUUAGGGUGCGAUGCUCUUCAGUACGUGGGAGAACCCCUCUUGAGUAGUUGGGCAUUUAAAAAAGUAAGAAAUCAAGCUCUUCAAAUAACCAAGCGCCUCAUUGAUUAUGAAAAUCACAAUAGUCGUUGCAUACUUGGAAACGGUGUGAAUAAGGCAUGGUUCAUGGUUGCUUCUUGGGCUGAUGAUCCCAAUGGAGAAGCUUACAAGAAGCAUCUCGCCAGGGUCAAAGAUUACAUAUGGGUUGGUGAAGAUGGAAUGAAAAUACAAGGUGCCAAUAGCCAAUGUUGGGAUGUUUCCUUCGCGAUACAAGCCAUUCUUGCUACUAAUCUCCACCAUGAAUUCUCCGACACACUUAAAAAAGGGCACCACUUUAUCAAACAAUCACAGAUAAGAGAAAAUCGUUCGGGAGAUUUCCAAAGCAUGUAUCAUCACAUAUCAAAAGGAGCAUGGCCAUUCUCUGAUCAAGAUGAAGGGAUGCAAGUUUCUGAUUGUACUGCUGAAAACUUAAUGUGUUGUUUGAUAUUCUCGACAAUGCCUUCAGACAUCGUAGGAGAUCCCAUGGAACCACAACGCUUUUUUGAUGCUAUAAAUAUCAUAUUGUCCCUCCAGGCAAAAAAUGGAGGGGUAUCAGCUUGGGAACCAACAGGCACUCUUUCAUCAUGGUUUGAACGAUUGAAUCCUGUGGAAUACUUAGAGAACUCAAUAUUGGAGUAUGAAUACGUAGAAUGCACAUCAUCAUCGAUACAGGCGCUAGUGCUUUUUAAGAAGCUAUUUCCAAGUCACAGGAGGAGAGAGAUCGAGACGUUUAUAACAAAAGCAACAAAUUACAUCAAAGAAACACAGAAAGAAGAUGGAUAAUGGUACGGAAACUGGGGAAUAUGUCACUUAUAUGCUACAUUUUUUGCUAUAAAAGGAUUAGCCGCAGCCGGAAACACUUGUGAUAAUUGCUUAGCAAUGAGAAGAGGUGUGGAUUUUCUACUUAAAACUCAAUGUGAAGAUGGUGGUUGGGGAGAGAGUCAUGUUUCAUGUAUCAAGAAAGCAUAUACACCUCUUCAAGGAAAUACUUCAAAUUUGGUUCAAACUUCUUUUGCUUUAAUCGCUUUGAUCCAUGCUCAACAGGUAGAAAGAGAUCCAUCUCCUCUUCACCGUGCUGCUAGGCUAUUGAUUAAUUCCCAAUUGGAAGAUGGAGAUUACCCUCAACAGGAAAUAAUGGGAGUAUUUAUGGGCACCUGCAUGCAACAUUAUGGAUUAUAUAGGAACAUAUUCCCACUGUGGGCACUUGCAGACUACAGAAAAACAGUUUUUAAGUAUUAA